AUGUGUUGUAACUACUACGGCAACUCCUGUGGCUCUGGCUGUGGCUAUGGCUCUGGCUAUGGCUGUGGUUAUGGCUCUGGCUAUGGCUGUGGUUACGGCUCUGGCUAUGGCUGUGGUUAUGGCUCUGGCUAUGGCUGUGGAUAUGGCUCUGGCUAUGGCUGUGGUUAUGGCUCUGGCUAUGGCUGUGGUUAUGGCUCUGGCUAUGGCUGUGGAUAUGGCUCUGGGUCUGGCUGCUGUGGCUAUGGACCAUCUUGCUACAGAAGAUGCUAUUCUUGCUGUUAG